AGCCCUAGGCCAAGCACUGUAGGGGACACAUAAGUUUAAGACAGUCCCUGCUUUCAGUUGUCUCACGGUCCACUUCUGCUAUUAAACCAAGGAUCCUGAGCAGCAGCCCAGAAGCCCACACUAGCCAACCAUGAUGUAAUCACUGCCACUGCCAUUGAUGGCACUGCCAGAAGCCCAAAGAAACAAAAACACUCCUCCCUUCUUCCGGUCUUACAAUAUCCUUCUAGUGCCCCCAUGACAAAGCCCAAUAAGAAGCCAAUUGAGUGAUUUCUUCUGACUUGAGCCUGCAGUGUGCUGUGAGAGAUCCACCACCAGAUUAUCUCAACUUUAUUCUCCUGGGACCACUCAUUGGUGACAGUCAGAAAUUGCAGGGCGUCUGAUCUCCUGGUGUUAAAAUCUGUCGCGAUACUGAGGAAGGCCCCGAGAUCCCAGGCACUGAGUGACUGCAUACUAAGAAAAAGAACUCAAAUGAAAUUGAGGAUUUGAACUUCACACAGCUGUUUGAACUGAAUUCUUGCCGCCAGGAUGGGGAAACAGAACAGCAAGCUGCGCCCGGAGGUCAUGCAGGACUUGCUGGAAAGCACAGACUUUACAGAGCAUGAGAUCCAGGAAUGGUAUAAAGGCUUCUUGAGAGACUGCCCCAGUGGACAUUUGUCAAUGGAAGAGUUUAAGAAAAUAUAUGGGAACUUUUUCCCUUAUGGGGAUGCUUCCAAAUUUGCAGAGCAUGUCUUCCGCACCUUCGAUGCAAAUGGAGAUGGGACAAUAGACUUUAGAGAAUUCAUCAUCGCCCUGAGUGUAACUUCGAGGGGGAAGCUGGAGCAGAAGCUGAAAUGGGCCUUCAGCAUGUACGACCUGGACGGAAAUGGCUAUAUCAGCAAGGCAGAGAUGCUAGAGAUCGUGCAGGCAAUCUAUAAGAUGGUUUCCUCCGUAAUGAAAAUGCCUGAAGAUGAGUCAACCCCAGAGAAAAGAACAGAAAAGAUCUUCCGCCAGAUGGACACCAAUAGAGAUGGAAAACUCUCCCUGGAAGAGUUCAUCCGAGGAGCCAAAAGCGACCCGUCCAUUGUGCGCCUCCUGCAGUGUGACCCGAGCAGUGCCGGCCAGUUCUGAGCCCUGCGCCCACCAAUCGAAUUGUAGAGCUGCUUGUGUUCCCUUUUGAUUCUUCUUUUUAACAAUUUUUUUUUUUUUUUUGCCAAACAAUAUCAAUGGUGAUGCCGUCCCCUGUGCGGUCUGAUGCACCUUCCUCUGUGACGCCUUCAGCUUCUUUUGUCGUGGAUGCUUCGUGGGAAUGCCCAGAGCCCCAGUGUGCUUGUGGAGAGCAUGGACAGACUUCGUGGUGUUCAUUGUUUGAUGAUUUUUAAUCGUUACUAUUUUUUUUUUAUUCUAAUGUCUCUGUUCUAAAACCUAAGACUCGGGGGUAGGGGCAAAAGAAGGGAAACCCAUCCAGUCCUGUGAUUCUAUUGCAAGCUUCAAGGGGCUUUUGUUUGAAAGACAAAACUCCCCACCUGGGUCUGUUGUCACACAUUCCGUAGGGGUGAUGGAUGGCACCGGAUGCUGGAUUCCCCAAGAACAAGUUACCCUCUGGGGUGAGGCUAUUCCAGCGAGCUGGGACAUUUCCCCAUGGGGGCCCACUCCCCCCUCUUCCCCAGCAGGCUGUAGUUUCUAAGCUGUGAACAUUUCAAGGUAAAUUAAUAGAGGAGAGGAAAAAGAUGGCUCAGCUAUUUUUUCACAGGUUUACACUAGUUGAGCUAAUAUGCGUGUCUUUGGAAAUUAAACACAAAUGGUAACAUAUUCCAAAACCAGACCCAUCUUGUUGCCUAUUGUAAUAAAAUAAAAAGAUGGCUGUAUAUAACAUAUUGGGUAAUGCAGACCAAAUUAAGUGUUUUGCCUUGUUUAAAUGAAAUGCAUGUUUAGUGAGCACUAAUACAAUCUUAUUCCAGAAGACUGUUUUUAGUAGCUUAUUGUGAAGUAAGACAACUAUAAUGAAUGUCUGUCUUGUUUUGAAGUCAUAUCUCUUUGCACAAAUGUACCAAUCGACAAGUAUAUUUUAUAUAUUCCAUAAAAAUACAAAGUAACCCUGACUAGGGCCCAACUUUAAUUUUGAAUGCAUUUCCAGAGUGGCCAUGCCUAGAGGGCAGACACAGAGCAGGUGGUAGUGGGACAGGACAAUUGGAGCACAGGAAUAUUAACAUGUAUGACAGGGGACCAGUAGGGUGGUUUGCCUCUCAGGCCCAGCAGCCCAUUGACAGCAUUAGACUGGCGGCAUGGUGCUUUUCUGAGCAGAUCAAUACUCUGCAGACUCGAAAAAAAAUCACAUACAUUCUUGGAACUUCCCAGUGGUUUAAUCUAUGUGCAUGGUUAGGGAGCCAGGUCUGGAAUAUUCAGUUUCCCUGCCCCUGUUAAAGAAUCAGAGGUUGGCCAGUCAUCAAAUUCAUCAUAAAGACAUGGGCAAGUGUAUCUGUGGUUUCCAAGGGCCCCCUAUGGAGAAUCCAAAAGUAUUUUCCAUUGCUGUGCUCUUUGAAUGCAGACUUCUAUUUCCAGAAGUGACAGCACAAGUCUGAUUUGCUGUUUGGUCUGGUGACCUCAUACACACUGAUUUGAAUUGAAAGCUAAGAGUAAAAACUUGCUGGUUACAGGCAAGUCAUACUCUUGCAAGUAGUUAGCAAAGGGAGGCCCAAAUACUCAAGGUUGUUGAUGGGGAAUUUGCCCCUAAGAGAAGGCAGAGAGGUCCCUAGUGGGUAUAUUUGCUGCCAAGCCACUUGCCAAAAACAGGAACCACAGAAAGACAGAUAUCAUGACCAGGAGAAAAAUGUGGCUAGACAUGCUAACGUCCAGGUUUUUAUAUAUGACUUGGGUCUGCUUUAAUUGGUAGCAGAAAUCCAAAUUUGUAUGGUAGACCAAAAAGAACCAAAUCCAUAGGGUGAAAUUUUGAGACCUAGACUCCGUAAAAAUAAUCCUAGUCUUCCCCCAGGGGUCAGUUCCUCACAGUGGUUCUGUACCAAGACUUGCCAAAUUCCUCCAUGGCCAAGUGUUAAAAUCUGUGUUUGAAAAAUAGCGAAUUAACCUAAGACACAGAAGGCAGACUGGGUGAGGAGACCUAGCAUGCCCUAUUGGCAGUGCUCAGGAGCUGCAUCCCUCUUUUCCCUGCUCUGAAUCGAAGUCCUAGUUCCUUCCUUUGAUUCUCCUUUGGUAGGUGGAAUCAGUUAAUGUUUUGAGAAACCUGCCUGGGCUCUGCCCUUAGUCAUGACAUCUCGCUGAGCCAGACCCACUCUGUUCCUUGGAACCUAGAGCUGGAGUGAGGAGUAGAGGUCUCCAGCUGUUCCAGAAAGAAAAGUGAGCCGCAUGCAGGCUGAGGAACACUGACACUUCCAGAAUGUAUGGAAAUAGUCCCUGUCCUGGCCUGCCACUGACCCUGUCUGUAUUUUCUCGGAGGUUGUUUUUCUCCUUCUCCUUCCCAGGAAGGUCUUUGUAUGUCGAAUCCAGUGCACUGAAGUUUGGCCAAGGGACUCCACAGCACCCAGAAGGCUGCAUGCCUCAAGGUUUAUGUCACUUCUCUGCUGGGCUGUUCAUCGUCAUUGCUGUGUUCAGGGACCUUUGGAAAUAAAACCUGUUCUGUCCCAAAUAAAACCAGCCUGUGAUGUUCAAGGGACUGGAAUAAAGUGGCUUACGGCCUGAAGGAUUCUACAGAGUGCUCAACUGUUCAUACAUCGUUCAGAGUGGGAGGGGGCUGGGGGUGCUGUCCCAUCCCAUCAGUAUCCCACGGUGGAUUUAAUACAUAAUUUAUAAAUCAUAGCCUAUGGAGUGGCCCGUAUAUCAGUUGACUGUGUAGCUCUUGCCUGGCAUUAAAGCAUGUUUUUGGUUUAA